AUGGAUAGCUUCAUCUCUGUCUUCCAUGCAAGCAGUCUGGAUACGCAAUACGCCUCGUCACAAGCCUCUACGCAAUCGCACCAGCCAUCACAGCGGCCCGCAAGCAAUCCCUAUUGUUACAUACCAGGGCAGUACUGGCAGACUUUGGACUAUUACGAUAUGGCCAUGGACAUUUGCAGCGACUUUUCUGAUCUCGGUCAAAUAACUGCCUCUUUCGCGUCAAACAGCGGCGCCCUCAACUUUGCAGACGACCUCACGCCACUUGACUCUCCACUCGAUGUUGCACUAGAGUCUUUCAGCAGUCCUGGAGACUCUUUGCCGCUGGCGCGCACCGAAUCUGCCGUCCAAGAAAGCCCAGACACGGAGGCGGAGUGUCCGGGUCAUGGGCGAUGCAGCAGUCAGCAGCAUCCCUGUAAGAUUUGUGAGAAAGAUAAGAAAGAGAGGAGGAAAGAACAAAACCGGAAGGCGCAACGGAACCACCGAUUGCGCAGCGAAGCGAAGCUCGAGCAGUUGAGAGCCAAGGUCAAAUCACAAUCCGACGAGAUUGUGAUGCUCAGAGACUUCAACCAGUCGCUGCUGAGGCACAUCGAGACGCUUGAGAGCAAAUGCAAGGAUGGCGGAACAGCCGACACGGGUAGAGAGGCUGAGGAAGCGCAGGCCCUGCAGCACCAACCGUCGCUGUCUCCUUGA